AUGGCGGAGUCUGCGGCCUGUGGGUCUGGAAUGCGAAGGUUUAUUGAAGAUGGAGGGGAGUGGCCUCUCAAAAGGUACGGGAGGCUUGAGAGAGCUGGUGAGUCAAGUGAAUCCCAGUCGGAAUGGAAGGUGUUCGACUCCAAUGAAGGAUCUGGUAGACUCACCCUUAGUAUUUUAAGCACAGGCCAUUUUUUCAUCUCUCAGCGACAUACACUUCUGGAAGGAUUCUCCCUCAUCUCUGCACAGACAUGGCUUAAAGUUGGGAAAAAGGCUGAUUGCCUUUUGUUUGGGUCAAAAAUUGGGGAAGAUUCCCGCAUGUUCCGAGUCCAGUUUAGUGGGGAGUCCAAGCAGGAAGCAGUGGAGAGCUGUGAUAGAUGUUCUCAGAAGCUGAAAACAUAUUUACCUGUGGAGACUGGGCCUCUUGAGGAAACAUGUUGUAGUGCCGCUAAGCAAAAGAUAUCUGUCACGGCAUUAGCUCAGGUAUGUAUCUGCACAGGAUCAACAUUGCUUAAAUACUGCAGGUCUACUUACUUAGAGUCUCUGCAGAAGCCCCACAGCAGUAACAUAGGACCCGCAUACCCACAGCCUCCCUUAAGCCCAGAGGAACUGGGUGUCUUCCUCAGGACAUGCCUGCUGGAUCAACACUUCCCAGCAUUUGUUGAAGCAGUGGAAAAAGAACUGUACAAACUUACAGAGAGUGAAUAA